UACAUCACAGAAGACCUGAUCAGGAGAUUGACUAAAUGUGAAAAUUUAGUCCUUGUGGGGACCCUGAAUUUGUCUACGUCGGCAGGAAGUGACAAACAAUUUAGAUAUAUUGAAAAUUUGGAUAAGUGUGAGCGCUUACACGUUCUCAACCUCAGUAACAACAGGAUCGAGAGAAUCGAGAAACUAGAGAAACUAUGUCAAUUGCGGGAACUCCACCUUUCCAGUAACAGGAUACGAAAAAUUGAAGGUCUAGAGCACAUGACAAAUCUUCAGGUUCUGAAUUUGGCCUUCAACAACAUUGAACAUCUUCCAGUUUGGAUAGCAAAGAAGCUCAGAUCUCUUCAUACUAUAAAUCUACAGAGAAACAAGAUAUCCUCACUUCAUGAGAUAACUAAACUGAAGCCCCUGAAGAACCUGACGAGUCUGUCAUUAGCAGAAAACCCCAUCUCCAGCCUGCCUCAUUAUCACCUCUUCCUAAUCUUCCAUCUGAGGUCACUGGAAAUGUUGGAUGGACAACCAAUCAGUCCACAGGAAAGAGAGCAAGCACAUCAGCGCUUUCACAUGGAGGAAGUGGAGCGUUUGGAGCAAGAGCUGGAGUUGAGAGCUGAAGAGACUGCACAGCUUCAGAGAGAGCGGACCACAGCCCUGGAAGAACUAGAGCGGCGGGAAACGCUCAACCAAAACCUGAGGCAACAGCAUCAGGAACAACAACGGAGCCGUGAGGAACUCCGGAGAGAGCUUGACACCAAAUCUGAACUGGUGG